AGCAGCAGCAGCAGUCACAUGCAGUGGUAUUACAAACUGUUGGCCCGUCGUCCCCAGCUCGUGCUGGUGGCAGUGGGCAUUUUCUCCGUGGCCUGCAUCGUUGUCGCACUGUUCACCCGGAAGCUACCCGACUUUGAUGAUCCGACACUGGGGUUCGAAGCACGAGGUACAUCGAUCGGCAAACGUUGGACAGCAUGGCGAAAUUUGCUGGAAGAGACAAGUUCUGCCGGACGCUUAGUGGCCAAUCCGAAAGAGCUUACCCUCGGUACGAACAAUCUCCUGCCGCGACGCGUCCCCGGGGAAGAAGCAUUCCGCAAAAGGCGAAAAAAUAAAGCAAAAAAGAAAACGUCCAAUGCUGUGAUCGAUGGAGAAGCGGUGGCACAAAAAAAGCACAACACAAAGUACGGGCACAACAAAAAUAUUCGCAUGCUGAAGGAGCUUUACCAUAACCAGAGUGCGACCAAUGGGGAGAUUAUUAGUUUCGAGGAGUACGAUAAUGAAACAAUGCCCCAUCGGAGCGGUAGGCAGGAAGUUUGGGAGUACGGCCGUAACCAGUCGUACUACACGGAAGAGAUUGGUAACAAAACGAUGGAGAAGAAACGGGCCAAAUGGGAUACGCUGCGUAAGCUAAAACCACCGCCGGAACCGAUCGAAAUGCACAUACCAUCGGAUGGAUUCUUCUGUGAAUCACCAAACAAAGAAUAUGCCCAUCUCGUGGUACAGCGGAUAAAUCACAACCUAAACGACAGUAUGUUUGAACUGAACGCAUUCUUGGCACUAUGCGAACUUGAGCAGAAGAUUGUGAAAGUCGAGCAUUACGGUAACAUUUGUCAGCGGGAACUUACAUCGGACGAUUGCUGCCGGCCGUGGUCAAUCGUAAACUAUGUAACGUUUCUUUCGAACAAAUCGUCCUGCUUCGAGCUCAAUGAGGAAGAUGUGGCCAUGGUGAAGACGCUGCUGUACGAUUGCUUUCAGUACUACCACAACAUGAAACUAAGCAACGACUGCAUACGAUCGAGCUGCAUUGCACCGAGCGAGUGCAAGCAGCAUAAUGCCGUGUACAACAUACUGCACUACUUGGCUAAUGUGGACUUUAUCAGGCAAAAUGAGUCAGCCGAAUUUCUCAACGCCACGAUGAUAUUUCUUCCGAUCGCAAGAAGCAUCAAAUCGAUGGAUUUUUACCACAGCUUAAGUCAAGUUAAUCUAAACAACGAUCUCGUAUCGGUUGUUGCUAUGGAUAUGGGUCUUAAGAAUGCACUGUUCGAUGAGUGCCUACUGCGUGACGGUUGGCUGAUCGGGCUCGGUGGCAUAUUUGUCGUAAUCUGCAUGUGGCUCUACACCGGAUCACUGUUUGUUACGCUAAUGACAGUGGUGGCGGUUGCAUUUUCCCUCGGAAUUGCGUAUUUUAUCUACUCCUUCAUAUUCGAGCUUACGUUUUUCCCGUUCAUGAACCUGCUCGCUGUUAUUGUGGUUGUAGGCAUUGGAGCUGAUGAUGCAUUUAUUUUUCUGAAAAUAUGGCAAUGCACGAUCGCCGAUCGUAUGAAGUGUGGGGUUGGUAUCGUUAUACCGAUCGUACCAUCGACCUCGUCGUGUAAUUCCGAGGGUAGUGCAGCUGCGACACGGAGUGCGUGUUCCGAUACGUUGGUAGAAAUAAUGGGUAGCACGCUUCGACAUGCGGCCUUAUCAAUGUUGGUAACCUCGCUGACAACAGCGGCUGCAUUCUAUGCGUCCUACGUAAGCUCCAUAACGGCGGUCCGAUGCUUUGGGAUAUUCUCUGGAACGGCCGUGAUGGCAAACUACUUCCUAAUGGUAACCUGGCUACCGGCUGCCGUAUCAAUAGCCGAGCGAAUAUCCUGCCUAAUGCUGCUCAAACCAUUUUCUCGUGUAACGCAUCGCUGCACGAUUCCGUUCAUCUCGAUCGCACAUAUGAGUAGACGCAUUGAAGAUGCUAUUAUCGAUCUAAUCAUUACUUUACCCUGGCUGUGGAUCACUCUGCUUGGUACGAUCGGUAUUAUGAGUGGAAUAUUGGUACUACACUGGCCAAAGCUACGACUGCCCGAUUCUCCCGACUUUAAGCUGUUCAUCAGCAACCAUCCGUUCGAGCGGUACGACAGCGAGUACAAGGACAUGUUUUGGUUCGAGAAAAUGUACACGACGACGGAAACGUUCAAAAUUCCGCUUCGCUUCGUAUGGGGUGUCUUACCCGUCGAUCGGGGCAAUUUUCUCGAUCCGGAGCAGCGCGGUGACCUAUACUUUGACGAGUCGUUCAACAUGAGCGCACCGGAAUCGCAACAGUGGCUGCUACAGUUUUGUCGUCGCAUCAAAAAUCAAACCUUCUACCAGACGAGCUACGGAUUGCUGUUGCCCAACUGUUUCAUAGAGAAUUUCAUCAGCUGGAUGGCACGACGGUGCAAUGAUUCGAUGGGUGAAAUUGAUCGUACGCCGUGCUGCGAAAUUUCACCCUUUCCCUUCACGCCGGACAUAUUUGACCUUUGUCUGCCGGAAUCGAUCUCCUCACUGUACGAAACACCGAGAGAAUUCUUCAUUCCGGGCGUUGCAGGACCAAAGUUUGGACGUAGUUCGUUUCUUACCAAUGGACAGCAAAACGACAAGAUGGUAAAAGCGGUUGUGAUUGAGUAUGAAAGUACACAAAUCUUUACAAUGUCCUACCACGAGAUUGACACGUUCGUGCGCACGGUAGAGAGCUGGUUGGCCGAGCAGCUGCACGACGCCCCACCAACAAUGGCCAACGCGUGGUUUAUCAGUGAGUUGGAGUUUUUCGAUUUGCAGGACACGCUCUCCACCGGGACGAUGAUAGCAAUCGCAAUGGCAAUGGCCGUUGCCCUGCUAGUUCUGAUGCUUGUGACGCUUAACGUGCUGAUCAGUUUGUACGCGAUCGUGACCGUAACGCUCACCAUACUUACCACCGUUGCAAUGCUCGUGCUGUUGGGAUGGAAGCUGAAUGUGCUGGAAAGUGUUGCAGUUAGUACCGCUAUUGGACUGGCGGUUGAUUUUAGCUUGCACUACGGCGUACACUACCGACUGUCUACCGAACCGGAUCGUCGUUCAUCGACGCGCUUCUCACUGCAGCGAAUGCUCGGCCCAACGGCAAUGGCUGCGAUCACGACCGGUAUUGCUGGUGCACUGAUGUUACCUUCAAGCGUGCUGGCAUAUAUACAGAUCGGUGUGUUCCUGGUGAUCGUCAUGUCCAUUAGCUGGCUGUAUGCGACCUUUUUUCUGAUGAGUUUGCUGCGUCUGGCCGGACCACAGUACGGGUUUGGUCAGUUUCGCUAUCCAAAACUCAGGACGGGCUUGCGGGUUGGUGGUGGCGAUGGAUGCAAAGUGUCCACUCAACUCGAUGCUGGCGGGUCUUCGCGAUUAAGCCAUCAUCACUUCCACACGUCACAUCACCACCAUCAUCAUCAAGGAGUUGUGACGGAACAGCUACUAUCCAACUCAAGCUCGGCGGCCGGCGAUUUGGUCGGUUCCGAAUCACACGAGCUCGAUUCACUAACGUCAAACUCGAUCAUUAAACCGAUCAGUCUGGACAUUGCUAGGCCGAUCAACUUCGAUCGGGCGUUUAAGAAAAAGUAUUCACUGCCCCGCGAGCAGAGUCCUUCCACGGCGAGCGCCAUAACGAUGGUGCUGCCGGACGAUAUCGAUACUAAAGGCGCUUCCCACCAGAGUGGAGUACAUUAGUAAUAGCGAG